AUGACGAUCGACAAACAGCUAGUAUGGGUCAGAGACCCGAACGACGGGUUCAUAUUGGCUCGACUCCACGAGCUGAUGGGUGAGGAAGCUGAUGUCUUCCCGCUGGAUAACAAGUACCCCAGACGAGUGUGUAACUUCGACGACAUCUUCCCUGCGGGUGACCCGGCUAAGGAUGUCGAUGAUAAUUGUGAAUUAAUGUUCCUGAACGAGGCGACGCUAUUAAACAAUAUACUUACCCGUUAUAAGAAAAGUAAAAUUUACACAUAUGUAGCAAACAUUUUACUUGCGGUCAAUCCGUACGAAGAUAUUCCGGACAUGUAUUCUUCGAAAACUAUCAAAAAAUAUCAAGGCAGAUCAUUGGGAGAGUUGCCGCCACAUGUUUUCGCAAUAGCCGACAAAGCAUUCCGAGAUAUGAAAGCGCUAAAACAAUCCCAGUCUAUAAUAGUAUCAGGGGAAUCAGGAGCAGGAAAGACUGAAUCAACCAAAUAUAUUCUCAAAUAUCUUUGUGAUUUAUGGGCCAAGGGCGCAGGACCAGUCGAGCAGAAGAUUUUAGAUGCCAAUCCGAUUCUCGAAGCAUUUGGUAACGCCAAGACAACUCGUAACAAUAACAGUUCACGUUUCGGCAAAUUUAUGGAAGUUCAUUUUUCAAAUAAAUAUCAAGUUGUUGGUGGUCAUAUUUCGCACUACCUUCUAGAAAAGUCUAGAAUAUGUACACAAAGUGCCGAGGAGAGGAAUUACCACGUAUUUUACCUCCUAUGCGCGGGGGCUCCGCCGGAGUUGAGAGCAAAAUUGAAGCUAACCAAGCCCGAUGAUUAUUUGUACCUCAAAAACGGUUGCACACAGUAUUUCACUUCAUCCCAAUCUGAGAAAAAAAUACAAGCCAAUCAGAAGAGUAAGGAGCAGCAAGCAAAGGGUGGCCUACGAGACCCAAUAUUAGAUGAUGUAGAAGAUUUCCAAAGAUUACAUCAGGCGCUAUCUCGGGUGGGUCUGACGGACGUCGAGAAGAUGUCCGUGUACGGCGUGGUGGCGGGCGUGUUGCACCUCGGGAACGUGGAGUUCGAGGAGGAGGGCGGCGCGCGGGGGGGCUGCGGGGUCAGCGCCCGCAGUGAGCCCGCGCUCGCCGCCGCCGCCGCCUGCCUGGGCGUCGACCCCGCCGAGCUGCGCCUGGCGCUCGUGUCGCGCCUCAUGCAGAGCGCGCGCGGCGGCGCCAAGGGGACCGCCAUCAUGGUGCCGCUGAAGACGUACGAGGCGUGCAGUGCACGCGACGCGCUGGCGAAGGCGGUGUACAGCCGCCUGUUCGACUACAUCGUGCGCCGCAUCAACGGCAGCAUCCCCUCCAGCGCCUCCGCCUACUACAUCGGCGUGCUCGACAUCGCCGGCUUCGAAUACUUCCAAAUGAACAGUUUCGAGCAGUUCUGUAUCAACUACUGCAAUGAAAAAUUGCAGCAAUUCUUCAACGAACGUAUCUUAAAGAAUGAACAGGAGUUGUACAAGCGUGAGGGGUUGAACGUACCUGAAAUCAGAUUCGUGGAUAAUCAGGACUGCAUUGAUCUCAUCGAAAGCAAAAAUCAUGGUAUUUUCCACAUACUCGACGAAGAGUCAAAACUACCAAAACCGGAAUACGGACAUUUCACAAACUCGGUACACAAGGAACUCGGCGGCAGCAACUCAAAUUCGAGGUUACAACUGCCUCGUGCGUCCCGCCUGAAGGCACACCGCACACUGCGAGACCACGAAGGGUUCCUACUGCGACACUUCGCCGGCGCCGUCUGCUACAACACCAGUCAAUUCAUAGAAAAGAAUAAUGACGCCCUUCACGCCUCCCUUGAGUUCCUCGUUCAAGAGUCCAACAACACUUUAGUACAACAACUGUUCGAAAUGUCGGACAACAAUAAUGCCAAGGGGAAAUUGAACUUUAUAUCCGUCGGCGCUAAGUUCCAAAGUCAAUUGUCACAGCUCAUGGAUAAAUUGAAGGAGAAUGGCACGAACUUCGUGCGCUGCAUCAAGCCCAACUCGCGCAUGGUGGGGCGCGAGAUCGAGGGCUCGCUGGUGCUGACGCAGCUGCAGUGCAGCGGCACCAUCGCCGUGCUGGCGCUCAUGGAGCACGGCUUCCCGUCGCGCGCGCCCUUCGCCGACCUGCACGCCAUGUACCGCUCCUACCUGCCGCCCAAGCUGCACUCGCUCUCGCCGAAGGUCUUCUGCCAGGCGAUUGUGCACAGCUUCGGUCUGUCAGACAAAGACUACAAGUUCGGAGUGACGCGCGUGUUCUUCCGGCCCGGCAAGUACUCGGAGUUCGACACCAUCAUGCGCUCGGACCCCGAGAACUUAAAGGCCAUAGUGGACUCAGUGCUGGCCUGGCUCGUUAAAUCGCGCUGGAGGAAGGGGAUAUUCUCCGUACUAUCGAUUGUUAAGCUGAAGAACAAGCUGGCGUACCGGCGCGCGUGCCUGGUGACGCUGCAGCGCACGGUGCGCGGCCACCUGGCGCGGCGGCGGCACGGCCCGCGCCUGCGCGGCCUGCGCAAGUUGCGGCAGCUGGAGCCGCGCCUGCAGGACGUGCUGGCGGCGGCGGCGCAGCUGCGGGACGGGCGCGCCGCGGCGCAGCAGCGCAUCGCGGCGCUGCGGGCCGCCGUCGGGGACGCCUGCGCCGCCAUCAAGAAAAAUGAAAAAAUAUCGCCUGAAGAAAUCGAUAAACUGUACACCGAUUUGACAAAGGCAGUGGAGACGCAAAUGACAGCUCUUCAAAAGGCUAUGAUUGAACAGAAGAACAGAGAGGAACAAGAGCGCUUACGUAAGCUAGAGGCUGAGAUGCGAGCCGCGGAGGAGGCCAAGCGACAAGAACAGGAGCGACUCCGACAGGAAGAGGAACAUCGCAGGCUGAAAGCGGAGAUGGAGGCGCGUCGCAAGGCGGAGGAGGCGGAGCGUGCGCUCAGCGAGGAGCGCGACCGCGCCGCGGCGCUGAGGCUGCAGCGGGAGAUGGAGCAGGCGGCGCGGGACGAGCGCGACGAGCGCGAGCGAUUGGAACAAGAGCGCAGAGACCACGAGAUGGCGGUCCGCCUGGCGCGCGAGACGAACGGACAUGUGGAAGGAUCUCCGCCGCAACUCAGGAGAUCAGAACGCGUCCGCAUGCAGCAGGCUCUACAAGGCAAGCAGAAGUACGACCUGUCGAAGUGGAAGUAUUCAGAACUGCGGGACACUAUUAAUACGUCCUGUGAUAUUGAACUACUAGAGGCGUGCCGCCACGAGUUCCACCGCCGCCUGAAGGUGUACCACGCGUGGAAGGCGCGCAACGCGCGCAAGAGCACGCUCGCCGAGCAGGAGCGCGCGCCGCAGUCCGUGCUCGACGCCGCGAAGACGCCACGGCUACCGCAAAAAGGCGACAUCUUAGGGGCCCGACACCGCUACUUCCGCAUCCCCUUCGUACGUCCCGGAGGAGAGGAGAGACGCGGCUGGUGGUACGCUCACUUCGACGGACAGUACGUGGCGCGCCAGAUGGAACUACACCCAGACAAAACGCCCGUGCUUCUCCAGGCUGGUAUCGACGACAUGCAGAUGUGUGAACUGAGCCUAGACGAGACAGGUUUGACACGUAAGCGUGGGGCUGAGAUCCUGGAACAUGAAUUUGAACGCGAAUGGGCGCGACACAGCGGUUCUCCAUACACGCGCGCCCUCUAGACUAACACUUGGCAAUAUACGUGCAUACUUAGGUAUUGGGUUACAUUUCAGAACGAGCCCAUUAAAUUAUCAAAACAUAGAAACAUAGUUCAAAAUUAUGAUAGAGAUACGUCAAGUAAUUUAGUGCUUUCAUAUGUGCCUUCACGUAUUUAUAUUGUAUUUUAUUACAGUUUUAAAAAUAUAUACAAAAUAAUAAUAUAUACAUAUAUCUUGA